UUCCCGGCACGUCCAGCCUGCUCGCGUUAUCGCGCCACCGAUUCACGCGAUACGAGGGGGACACAUUUGUAACCGCACGGCAGUCCAGGAUUGGUGGACGGUGCCGGGCGGUGGUGGCAGACGGCUCGUGAUUGUCGGAGCAGGGCAAAACGGGCGCGGCCGAGGGCGCUCGAAGUGGGGGAUGUUUGAACAAGAUCGGGAGACUCAAGAGUAGCGGAGUACACUCGCUAACCGGCCUCCAUCCACACGGCACACAGAGAGACAGAGAGACCUGACUGGUGAAUGAGGGAGAGUGGAGGUGAGGUGGCUCAAACAGGCCCCGCUCAAACAACCACGAUCGUUGCUCUUGUGUGUUCAGCCUGUGCUGGCCGCGCGACCAGCCAGCCGCGUCGUCGAAUCCGCCCGCGUACUAGUCGCGUCGCGUUGUUGAAAGAACCUGACCGUCGCGGAUCAGCUUUUGUGCGGGGACGUAACAGUGAUCGAGUGAUCCACCUUCGAGGAACAGGAUUGUGAUAGGGAUUCAGUGCGCGGCUGUGUACGAAGGAACGACUCUUGUUUGGAAAAAAGGAAAAGUGAAGUUUGAACGGUGAAUUUUUGCUCGGGGUAAAUUAGCCUGAAGAACGAUCUCGAAGAGUGCGGUGAAGGACGAGUGCGAGGAACGCGAUAGGAUUCCCGUCCACGGGGAGAAGAUUAAGGGAGCAUCGCAUUACCAGCAGCCCUGGUACCGCGGCUUUCAUGAUUCCCGUUUGACGAGCAGACAGCAGCCCGCCACCCCGGCACCGGUGAGCUCUAUGACCAUGCUCCAGUCGCAGAAGCUGUACAGCGACGCUGGUAGCCUAGGCGGCGCGAUGACCAGCGCCACGAUGUCCACGAUGGGCAGCAUGGCGCCGACGUACAGCUCGAUCAACACGAUGGGCUGCGUGUCGAUGGGCAUGUCGAUGGGCGUCGGAGUCGGGCCUAGUUGUAGUCCCCAAAGUGCCGGUGGUUUUAACAUGAGCACCAUGAGUUCGGCUGUGGGGAUGGCGUCGAUGGGCGGCGGUGGCAUGGGAACUUACGGGAGCGCUUCCAUGGGCGGCGGUAGUGCUUGCAUGAGUGCCGUCGGAUACGGUCCACUGACUACAGUCGGCAGCGCCGGCGUUACUCGGGAUCCCCUGUCCUUGGCGGAGCCCGAGUCGCCUAAUUCCGCGUUGCAACGCGCGAGAACGGACAAGCCGUACCGCAGAAGUUACACGCACGCGAAACCGCCGUACUCUUACAUAAGCCUGAUCACCAUGGCCAUACAGAACGCGCCGACCAAGAUGCUGACGCUGUCCGAGAUCUAUCAAUUCAUCAUGGAUCUGUUCCCGUUCUAUCGGCAGAACCAGCAACGCUGGCAGAAUUCCAUCAGGCACUCUCUUAGUUUCAACGACUGUUUCGUGAAAGUGCCCAGGACGCCCGACAAGCCCGGCAAGGGCUCCUUCUGGACGCUGCAUCCCGAGAGCGGCAACAUGUUCGAGAACGGGUGCUACCUGCGCCGCCAGAAGAGGUUCAAGGACGAGAAGAAGGAGCUCACCAGGCAGAACAACAAGCACCAACAACACCAGCAACACCACGGUGGACCGGCCGCGGCGGGAGCUGCGGCCGCGAUCGCCGCCGGACACAACAGUCCCAGCUCCCACGACCUGACCCACGCAGGUAAGAAAACCCCGUCGUCGCUGCACCACGGACCCCAACAGCAGGACGACAAGGACCUCCAUUCUUUGGUGUCCUCGCACCACCAUCACCACGUGUCCAGUCUGCAUCAGCACCACGCGGCUCUCAAGAGCGACGGAACCGACAUAGGUGGUCUCUUAGGACCCGAUCUGGGCGCAGCUCACGACGAGCUCACCGCCAUGGUUAGUCGAAGUCUUCAUCCUCAUCUGAUCUCCGACCCAGCGGCCCUGCAUCACGGGAUGACCGGGAGCCUGAAGCAGGAGCCUCCGUACACGGCGGCCAGUCACCCGUUCAGCAUCACCAGGCUACUUCCUGGUGCCACGGCGGGUACGUCGCCCGGUGCCCAAGACACCAAACCCCCCGAGAUGAAGAUGUACGAACAGUUGCACCAGAGUUACGCGAAUUUCGGCUCCCCGCAUCAUCCUCACGCGCAUUCAGCACCGCCCAGCCAUCACCAUCACAACGGGAUGCAUACGGGCUCGAACGCCGGCGGUCCCAUGCACAACAUGACCAACCACCAUCACCAGGAGUAUUACCAGAGUCCGCUGUAUCAUCACGCGACCAGUGUGGCGAGUAGCAGCGCGCCACCACCGCCCUCCGUCGCCACGGCUGCCCCAGGUUUGUGACACCACGCUGCGCACCCCUACGCCCUAGCCUGA